UUCUCAUUAGUCCUUAUGCUUGUCUGUCACGCUCCGUGUCACCUGAUUGGACUUCCGCAUUAGCGGUGUCCGUCCACGCUGUACCUGUCUCGUUGUGAGAGGCUGACGACUCUUCCUGUUCCACGAACAGAUCCCGCCCCUUUCAUUCAGCUCCAAGGAAGGAAGGAGGAACUCCUCGAGCCGCGUGUGACACUUCUAGGGUGCAGCCAAACUGUGCUGCAAUGUGGUUCCUAGGAAUCGUCUAGCUGCUCCUACCUUCAGUGGGGAAUAAGGUCAGACAGUCGGGAAUCUCAAAAGCUACCUUGGAGGGCUCCGGAGUGUCCGGGGAAGGUGCUGCGAGUGGCGCAGAAGUGAAGCGUGGCGCAGAAUAGGAAGGCAAGAGGGGGGUCCCUUCCUGUGUGAUAACAGAUAGCUCCAUUUGCUUGGUUGCCACCGCGAGGCUGACGUAGAAUAAUGGCGGAGCAUCACCAGAUUUCCGAGAGCAAACACAAAUCCUCGCUGACCUCCGCGGCGACGUACUCUGGGAAUGGCCGCAGCAGCACCGCGGCGGCGGAGAGAGACGGCAUGGCUGGCGCCGGGGGAGGUCUGUCCGGCGGCCUGUCGCAGCCGGCCGGCUGGCAGUCCCUGCUGUCUUUCACCAUCCUGUUUCUGGCCUGUCUGGCCGGCUUCAGCUCCAGGCUCUUCGCUGUCAUCCGCUUCGAGAGCAUCAUUCACGAGUUUGACCCUUGGUUCAACUACAGGUCCACUCACCACCUGACCUCCAAUGGCUUCUAUGAGUUCCUCAACUGGUUUGAUGAACGAGCCUGGUAUCCUCUUGGUAGGAUAGUCGGAGGCACGGUGUACCCGGGCCUCAUGGUGACGGCGGGCCUCAUCCACUAUGUGUUGAACCUGCUCCAUCUCACCGUCCACAUCCGGGAUGUGUGCGUUUUCCUGGCGCCUGUGUUCAGCGGCCUGACCUCCAUCUCCACUUUCCUCUUGACGAGGGAGCUGUGGAACCAGGGGGCGGGGCUACUGGCGGCCUGCUUCAUCGCCAUCGUCCCAGGCUACAUCUCCCGCUCCGUGGCCGGCUCCUUCGACAACGAGGGCAUCGCCAUCUUUGCCCUGCAGUUCACUUACUACCUCUGGGUAAAGUCAGUCAAAACUGGAUCUGUCUUCUGGGCCAUUGGCUGCUGCCUGUCCUACUUCUACAUGGUGUCAGCCUGGGGCGGAUACGUGUUCAUCAUCAACCUGAUUCCUCUUCACGUGUUUGUCCUCCUGCUAAUGCAGCGCUUCAGUAAGAGAGUCUACAUAGCAUACAGCACCUUCUACAUCUUAGGCCUGAUCCUGUCUAUGCAGAUCCCCUUCGUGGGCUUUCAGCCAAUCAGAACAAGCGAACACAUGGCAGCAGCAGGCGUGUUUGUUCUGCUGCAGGUCUACGCCUUCCUGCAGUAUCUGAAGGACCGACUGACCAAGCAGGAGUUCCAGACACUCUUCUUCCUGGGAGUCUCUCUGGCUGCUGGGGUGGUUUUCCUUUCUGUCAUCUACCUAACAUACACAGGGUACAUUGCUCCAUGGAGCGGCCGGUUCUACUCCCUGUGGGACACCGGUUACGCUAAGAUCCACAUUCCUAUCAUAGCCUCAGUGUCGGAGCAUCAGCCCACCACCUGGGUCUCGUUCUUCUUCGACCUCCACAUCCUGGUCUGUACGUUCCCCGCUGGCCUCUGGUUCUGCAUCAGGAACAUUAAUGAUGAACGCGUCUUUGUGGCGCUGUACGCCAUCAGCGCCGUGUACUUCGCCGGCGUCAUGGUGCGCCUGAUGCUCACUCUGACCCCGGUGGUGUGCAUGCUGUCGGCCGUGGCCUUCUCCAGCGUUUUCGAGCAUUACCUGGGCGACGACAUGAAGAGACAGAGUCCGCCCGCCGAGGACAGCAGCGACGAGGACGACAGGAAGAACGCAGGAAACCUCUAUGAUAAGGCCGGCAAGGUGAGGAAACACGUGUCUGAGCAGGAGAAGCCGGAGGAGGGCCUGGGCCCCAACAUUAAGUCCAUCGUCACCAUGCUGAUGCUCAUGCUGCUCAUGAUGUUCGCCGUCCACUGCACCUGGGUCACCAGCAAUGCCUACUCCAGCCCCAGCGUGGUGCUGGCGUCCUACAACCACGACGGGUCCCGGAACAUCCUGGAUGACUUCCGGGAGGCGUACUACUGGCUGAGGCAGAACACGGACGAACACGCCAGAGUGAUGUCAUGGUGGGACUACGGCUACCAGAUAGCAGGCAUGGCCAACCGGACCACUCUGGUGGACAACAACACCUGGAACAACAGCCACAUCGCUCUGGUGGGCAAAGCAAUGUCGUCCAACGAGUCGGCAGCCUAUGACAUCAUGAGGUCUCUGGACGUGGACUAUGUUCUGAUCAUCUUCGGCGGGGUGAUCGGCUACUCAGGGGACGACAUCAACAAGUUCUUAUGGAUGGUUCGCAUUGCUGAGGGGGAGCACCCAAAGGACAUCAGGGAGAGCGACUACUUCACCCCCCAGGGAGAGUUCCGGGUGGACAAGGCCGGCUCGCCCACGCUGCUCAACUGCCUCAUGUACAAGAUGUCCUACUACCGCUUCGGAGAGAUGCAGCUGGACUUCCGGACCCCUCCCGGCUUCGACCGGACCCGGAACGCCGAGAUCGGCAACAAGGACAUAAAGCUGAAGCACCUGGAGGAGGCCUUCACCUCCGAGCACUGGCUGGUCCGGAUAUACAAGGUGAAGAGGCUGGAGAACCGGGACCGGCUGGAGGGCAAGCUGCGCAGCACCGACGUCCUCAGGCAGAAGUACACCUCCAAAAAGACAGCCAAGAGGAAGCGGGGCUUCAUCAGGAACAAGCUGUCCCUGAAGAAGGGGAAGAAAAUGACCAAGAAGUCUCUGUAGGGAGCUGACCACCAGCAGACCCAGACCGACAGCAGGACAGGAGACCUCCACCCAGAAACACACACACACACGCACACACACACACACACAGCAGGAGUAAAGACGCAGCAGAUCAAGACUAAUCAACUUCUCCAGAAGGUUUCGUCUGGAAACGGAGUGCUGCUCAUCCAUUAGCCAACAGGAGGCGCAGCAGAAACAAAACCAUGACCUUUGACCUUCCCUUAUUGUAACCGCAGAGGGACGCUAGAGCCAAACGUUAACUGCUCUUCUUUCAGGAACUCAUGACAGCUCUCCAGCUCUUCCAGAAGGUUCUUUCAGUCAGACAGGCUGGAAACCAGCCGCCAUGUUUCCAUCUGCUGGGUCAACACAAUUUAUCACGCCUCACCGGAUUCUGUCACUUUUACUUUAAACGUAGCUCCAAACCCGCGUCCUGCCUGCAGAUUUCGAUGUUUGUGCUGCAUUACCGUGCUUUUUAAUUUCCCCCCAGUCACACAGUUCCUCGGUUUCCCUUUUCGCUUCUGGAUGUUGCGGUGAAAACCCGUUUGAGUCUUGCCGGAGCCGACUUUACCUCUGCUGUGUGGCUUCUGCCACAACAUCCAGCUGUUGGCGUCGGGACAGGCCUCAUCAGAAACAGCUGAGUCUUUUCCUCAGCUGCUCUGUUAUGGGGGGAAGUAUUUAUUAGAUGGACAGCGGACGGCGCAGAGACUAAAGCGAGCGCGCCCGUCCCGUCCUCGUAAUGCAAAGUUUUUAUCCGGGCUCCAUUUUCAGAGAGAAAACGUUCUUCCAUCAAUUGUAAUGAUCUGGAUGCAGGUGUGGGAGUUGAUCAUACCUUUUGGAAUAAAGAGGUUCAAAUAAAGUUUCUUUAACACUUG